AACAACGGCAAACGUCAAACCUUCCAGCCGAGAGGCGGCGGGGCGGCAGUGGCGGCGGCGCCCCCCCCCCCCCCGCGCGCCGGUGGGGCCUGCCCGGCUGCUCUCGCCCCUCCCUGCCGCCCGGGGCUGCGAGAGCCCCGUCCCACCCGGCGAGGCCCACGCACCGACUCGGGCCGGGCUCGUCGCGGCGGCGGUUGGGACCCGAGCUCGCGCAGGUACGGCAGGUUCGCAGAUGGGUCAGGGACUCUGGAGAGUUGCUAGGAACCAACAACUGCAACAUCAAGGAUAUAGUGGACAAGGCUAUCUUACCAGAGAACAUGGUAGGAGGAUAGCUACUAACAGUGUUUCCAAUACAAGCCAUCGCAAACAAGCCCAAGGAGGUAUUGACAUCUACCAUCUGUUGAAGACAAGAAAAUCUAAAGAACAAGAAGGGUUCAUUAACCUGGAGAUGCUGCCCCCAGAGCUUAGUUUUACCAUUUUGUCAUACCUGAAUGCAACUGAUCUCUGUCUGGCUUCGUGCGUCUGGCAGGAUCUUGCUAAUGAUGAGCUUCUCUGGCAAGGGUUGUGCAAAUCCACUUGGGGUCACUGUUCUAUAUACAAUAAGAAUCCACCUCUAGGAUUUUCUUUUAGAAAAUUGUAUAUGCAGCUAGAUGAGGGAAGUCUCACCUUUAAUGCCAACCCUGAUGAGGGGGUCAACUACUUCAUGUCCAAGGGCAUACUAGACGAUUCGCCAAAGGAAAUAGCUAAGUUUAUCUUUUGUACAAGAACACUAAAUUGGAAGAAGCUGAGAAUCUAUCUCGAUGAAAGGCGAGAUGUUUUGGAUGACCUUGUGACACUGCACAACUUCAGAAAUCAGUUCUUGCCAAAUGCACUGAGAGAGUUCUUCAGACAUAUUCACGCCCCUGAGGAACGUGGGGAGUACCUGGAGACUCUUAUAACAAAGUUCUCUCACAGAUUCUGUGCUUGUAACCCUGACUUGAUGAGAGAGCAUGGCCUUAGCCCUGAUGCAGUUUAUGUACUAUGUUACUCGUUGAUUCUACUUUCCAUUGAUCUAACCAGUCCUCACGUGAAGAACAAAAUGUCAAAACGAGAAUUCAUCCGAAAUACACGACGAGCUGCACAGAAUAUUAGUGAAGAUUUUGUAGGGCAUCUUUAUGACAACAUCUACCUUAUUGGCCAUGUGGCUGCCUAAAAGCACAGUUUGCUAGGACUUAAAUUUUGUAAUUUUCAAAAACUAAAUCUAGUGAAGAAAUUAAUUAUUUUGUAGAGAUGGGGGUUAUUUUAGUGCUGGUCAUUCUAACCUCUGUAUGCAAUCAAAGAUUGUGUGUGUAAGUGUGUGUAUGUGUAUUCUACCUUUUCUAUCAAUUUACCAUGGGAACUGAAGGACUUGGAGAUCUUUCUUAAUAUUUUUUAGUUUUGCACAAAACAAUGCGAUUUGUCUGACACAGCCAUUUAUGAAUGUUAAACUGACAUUACAGUCUAAGCUGACAAAGUGGUGGAAUUGUGCAUUAGAUUUGCUUGAAACUUUAAUAAGUUCAUUCUUUUAAAUAAUACCAUGUAAUGUGUAUAUAUUUAACUAAAGAGAUUUAUAAUCAUAAUUAUUUUAUUGUAAAAUAUUUUAACUAAAGUUUCUCCUUUGAUCUCUUAAAA